GCAAGGGGCAGCAGGACUUAAAUGUUUGCACAAGUUAAUGUACACGUUUGAGAGAGCACUUCUGUGGACAGAAUCAACACGUGCUCACGAAUACUGGGUUACUGAUUAGAGAUGCUUUUAUAAGAUCUUUGACGACCAAAGUCCCGUUUGGAAAAGCUCCAGUACACAUCUAUAUCUCGACAGGACGCCUGCUACAGUUCAGCAUCUACCUCUGACACACCAUGAGAGCUGAUGCCAAAAAACAGCCAGAGCCAUGCUGCUCCAAACUCAAGCUGUUCCUGGCUUCGCUGUCCUUUGUCUACUUUGCCAAAGCCUUCCAGGGGAGUUACAUGAAGAGUUCCAUCACUCAGAUCGAGAGACGCUUCGACAUCCCCAGCUCCUUGAUAGGGGUCAUCGAUGGAAGUUUUGAGAUAGGGAACCUGCUGGUGAUUGCCUUCGUCAGUUACUUUGGUGCAAGGCUCCACCGCCCACGGCUGAUUGGAGCUGGGUGUCUGUUCAUGGCUGCCGGGUCCAUCUUCACUGCUCUACCUCACUUCUUCCAGGGCCGGUACCAGUAUGAAACAACUGUCACACAGCCCACUGGCAUCAAUUCAACUGAGAGCGUCCAUCCGUGCCUGGCCAAUCAGAGCCAAGCACUGAACAACAAUGAUCUCUCAUUGGAGAGUGUAGCAGCGUGUGAGAAAGAGGCGGGCUCCUCCAUGUGGAUCUACGUGUUCCUGGGAAACAUGCUGAGGGGGAUUGGUGAAACCCCUGUCAUGCCUCUGGGCGUGUCCUACCUGGACGACUUCGCCAGGGAAGAGAACACGGCAUUUUACCUGGCCUGCAUACAGACCGUGGGCAUUGUAGGACCUAUGUUUGGGUUUCUCCUGGGCUCCUUCUGCGCCAAACUGUACGUGGACAUCGGCGCUGUGGAUUUAGAGACUGUGUCCAUCAACCACAAGGACUCUCGCUGGGUGGGGGCCUGGUGGUUGGGCUUCCUGGCGACCGGGGCUGUGAUGCUGCUGGCCGGGGUGCCGUUCUGGUUCCUGCCCAAGUCUCUCCCGAAGCAGGGGGAGGAGAACAGCCAGCCUGUGGAUGACCCUGCUGGCGAGCAGGACCAUUUCAUUCCAGAGAGCACUGCGCCUGCUGAGAGGCCACGCCCUGUUACCUUCUCUGAACUGGCUAAAGAUUUCCUGCCAUCUUUGAGAAGACUUUUUAGCAACACAGUGUUCCUGCUCAUAAUAUGUGUCUCCCUUGUGCAAGUCAAUGGCUUCAUUGGAAUGAUCACCUUCAAACCCAAAUUCAUGGAGCAGGUCUAUGGCCAGUCUCCUUCCAAGGCCAUCUUCUUAAUAGGCGUUAUGAAUCUGCCUGCAGUGGCCCUAGGGAUCAUCACUGGUGGGUUUGUGAUGAAAAGGUUCAAGCUGAGUGUCCUGGGGGCUGCGAGGAUGUCCGUCAGUGCCUCCAUCCUGUCUUUCCUCUCCCUGCUCAUCCAGUACUUCCUGCAGUGUGAGAACUCGCAAGUGGCUGGGCUGACAGUGUCCUACCAGGGGUUAAAGGGGGUGUCGUACCAACCAGAGACUCUACUGUCCCAGUGCAACAUGGAAUGCUCCUGUUCACUCAAGCACUGGGACCCUGUGUGCGCCUCCAAUGGCAUCACAUACGCCUCCCCCUGCCUCGCUGGCUGCCAGAGCUCCAGUGGUUCUGGAAAAGGGAUGGUCUUCCACAACUGCACGUGCAUGGACACAUGGCCCGUUCCUGCUGCCAACACCUCAGCCAUCCUCGGGCAGUGUCCACGCCAGGAAGACUGUGAUAGAAUGUUCAAGUACUACAUGGCGGUGUCAGUAGUGGGGGCCUUUGUGUCCGCCUGUGGGGCCACGCCCGGGUACAUAGUCCUGCUCAGGUCAAUACAGCAGGAUCUGAAAUCUCUGGCCCUUGGCAUGCAUAUCUUGAUUGUCAGAACUUUGGGUGGGAUUCCUCCACCCAUAUAUUUUGGGGCAUUGAUUGACAGGACAUGUCUGAAGUGGGGCUCUAAGCGAUGUGGAGGACGUGGGGCUUGUAGACUGUACGACUCAAGCGCGUUCAGAGUAACGUUUCUUGGACUGAUCUACGGACUUUACUCCAUGUCCUACCUGCUGUGGAUAGUGCUCUAUGCCAAACUGGUUCAGAGACAAAAGAAACUGGCCAUGCUUGAUCAGGCCAAGGCUGGUGGACAGGAAGGGGACGAGAUCAAUAUCUCCAAUGGAAAAACCCUGUCUGAAGGAAAUCUGAAAAGCGAGAAAGAGCAGGAGAAAGAGAGCACCAUAUGAGGCAUUCUCUCACUGUCCCUGUACCCUCCCACCACCAUCCCCCCCUGCCCCCACCCACUUAUAGUCACUGCACCCUCUUGCCUUAGUCCAGCAUCCUCACUGUGCUCACUAAUGACUUGACUCUCCCUGCCAAUUCCCUGCCUAUGCUGCCAACUGUCUUGGUAUGGGAGUCAUAGGAAGUGUGUGCCGUGUCGACUGUCCCUUGUCUCUCCCCGCUCCCUGGGUGUCCAUGUCUCUCUGUGUCUCCAGGUCAGGAAAUCUCAGUCUGUGCCAGAUGUUUGUCUUUGUUCUGGAUCCUUAAUCUUAAUCAGGCACUUUGUCAGGGUGAUGACAGUCACUCAUACUAUCUCUCUCUCUCUCCCUCUCUCUCUCUCUCUCUCUCUCUCUCUCUCUCUCUCUCACACA